UGGGUAAGGAGGAACCUUCCCACUCCCUCUUUUUUUUUUUCCUUCCGCUUUUCGCCUACCGUAUUUUCCAUCAAGUUCCCACCUUACCGGUAUUUCAUUUUAUUCCACCCUAUUCCAUUGAUCCUGUUUUAUUCCUCUUGGCCUUUCCCUAUUCCUUCCCUUUUUUUCCUCUUGGGUGUCGUGCGGAUCCGUUUUUUUUAUCUUGCUUCAUUCUGCUCCUGUUCCCAAGUUAUCGCUAUUCGCUAACUCCGUUCUUGCGAGUUGGGGGCCAGCCUUGGUUUCGGGUCGUGAACGCUGUCGACAUUGGGGUGUGGAACCAGUGCCCCGGGUCGGUGGGAGAAAAGAAAAUUCGCGCCCAACGUCAUGGACCCCCUUGUCAAGCGGAGUUGCAGAUGAGCAGGAAAAAAUCGUGGACUGUCGGUGGUUGCGGAGAAGGGCCAGUCAUAUCGCGAGAAACUAUUGGGCGUUGCAAGUGUCCUGUAUCUUCCCUCUUCUCAGGUGAUACCUGUGCAUUACGAGUUCGGCAUUCUAUGAUGGCCACUAUCCGCUGCCGGUACCAUACCUCUGCUUAAGGACCGGUGGGUUCCUCAACGGUUACCCGUGUCCUGCUAUUCUAAGCACAGCCCUCACUAUUCAAGCGAACCAGCUUGACGGAACUGAGAUGAUAUCCACUCGCUUCUUCGAGAAAUACACUAGAAGUUACACCGGAAGUUACCCCGGAUGACAUCUUUAGGGAAUCAUUUGGCCUUUCAGCAUCUUAGCACAGUCUUCGAACCCCACUGGAGGCUUGAGUUAGCCUAGGGAAUUCUGGCAGUGCGCCUCAGUCAGGAUGCUGUCUAUCAACCAUUCUGGGCAGUUAGCGCGGAGUACCCAUAAAGUACGCCAUACUAUCAUUCCCACUAUCCAAAAAACCUCUUUCGCAUAUUGCGUUGGCACAUCGAUAAUCCCUCUCAAAGCUUUGACCUCUCUCCUGUCCCCUGUCAUACAGCCGUGGUUCGCUUGCGCCUCGAUCGAAACAGGGUUGAUCACCUGAACAGCUGAGCAACAGAAAGUGGGUGAAGAUCCUAGAACCAUAGUCGCUUUUCUUCCAUGGUGUGCCCUUGAGUUAAAGCUUUCGCCGGUUGUCUCUAUCAUAUUUUGUUUGGAUUUGCCGCUCACACCGUACCACCAUGAAAGGGACGGGUUUGGGCUAGACAAGGAACAGAGCUAUUAAUUGAUUAAACAAAACCACAGGUAGCGAAGCGCGGAAUCGUGGGCAGGAGCAUACCGUUUGGGAUAAUUUAUAACUUACACAGUUUCGUUCUUUGCCCGGUCGCUUGCGAUCGCGAGUCGUUACCGCACCCAUGUUAUUUUGAAACCAAAGUAUUGUUGCAAGCGAGCAGGAUAGGCAAGGUCUUGGGUUACUGUAAAGUACAUAUUGGCACGAUAGAAGUACCGGAUACCUG